UCUUUAGAAAGAAAGAGCUUUGUUUUGGCCAAAGAUCAGUGAUAAAAAUUAUGGGUCAUAACUUUUUACAAUUUCAAAAGGUCUACCAAGAUCAGCCUUGGUGGGGUCAUUUACAUCAAACAGUUUCGUCUCAUGGCGAUAUAACAGGUAUUACUGCUGUCGAAGAUGAUUAUUUGUCACUUUUUAAAGAAAUUAAGAAAAGAAAAUUAGAUGAGAAUACAUUUAUAUUUUUUCAUUCGGAUCAUGGAUCCAGAUACGGUCCAUAUAGGCAAAGAUAUGCUGGAAGAUACGAAGAGCAUUUACCAUUUAUGAUUAUUGUUCCUCCAAAGGAUUUUAGACAAAAAUUUCCUUCACAUUUUGAAAACAUGAAGUCAAACUUUAAUAAAUUGACAACCUUUUUUGAUAUACAUAAAACUCUUAACCAUAUUCUUAAUUUAUACAAUGACAAGGAUUUUAAUAUUAAGUUCAAGCAUAAAAGAGGAGUAUCUCUCUUUUCUCCCAUCACAGGAACAAGAACUUGCGAAUCGACUCCUUUGAAGCCUGAAGAUUGCUUAUGUAAAAUUCCAAAGAACGUUUCAGCAAAUGACCCAAUAGUAAAAACAGCUGCUUUAGUCGCUCUAACAUACAUGAAUAACUUAAUAAAAAGUCAUAAAAAGUCUGAUCUAUGCUCCAAGCUAACAUUAGGCGCUAUAACUGACGCCUCUGUUUUAAUUGAAGCUAUCAAAAGUUCUACUGCAGAAAAACCUAAAGAUUUAAAUCAAAGAUACCUAAUAACUUUUAAAGUUUUACCAUCAAACGGUACAUUCGAAGCUAUGUUAGAUUAUUCAAAAUCUACAAAAAAAUAUAUAUUAUCAGAGGGGAUAGAAAGAAUAAACAAAUACGGAUCACAGUCAGAUUGUGUAGUAGAAAGGAAACUCAGAGGUAUUUGCUUUUGCAAGACGAGUAAUAAAAUUACGUCAAAAGCCAAUACGUAGUUUCUUUUUCAUUUUUCCUUCCUGCGUUGACUAUUUUGAAGAGUUUAAUAUUCUUUUUAUAACAGUAUAUCAGUAAAAUAGUCAUUUGAAAUAGUUCUUUUAUUGUUCUGUAGCUGAUUUAUAUGCCAAAUAUAAAAGUUUUCACUAAAAUACAUUCGCUACAUAUUGAUUUUGUCUAAGAAUCGAUAUGUUUAUAUAUAAAUAUUCAAAAUUAAUAUUAGCAGACUAAACGUAGAUGAAUCGGAAAAAAUUUCAACUCUGUACAGUGUAAAACUUUGCAUAGCUAGAGAAAAAAAGACCCAAUCUAUGCCUUCUCAAUAGGGGUAGUCAUACGAAACGUUGAAAAGAUUUAGAUGUAUUGUUAACACUGUUUACACAUAGAAAUUGUAGAUCAGAGCUCUGAAAUAUAUUAAAUGUUAAAUAUUUAAAACAGCUAGAAAAUGGCUACUGAAUUUUAUUAACAAUUUCGUGAUAUCUUUAAGUAAACGAUAUUCUUUUCUAUUGUUUGAUUAAUUUUUUCAUAUUAUUAAUCAUUUAUAUAUCUACAAUAUCAAUCUCUCUUUCCAUUCUCAAGGUGCCUAUAAAUAGUCUGCUGGCUCUGUAUUCUAUCAAUAUAUAUAAUGUAUUACUAGAAAUAGAAAACUUACUUUCGUUUUUAAAGAUAACAUUCAAUGUGACCUUUCUUUAUUAGUUUAAUUUCUGAACUCAAGUGCAUAAUAGCAAAUGUAGUAUCAGUCUAGUUGACGAUUAUAACAGAUCUCAUAAAUGAAACAGGAUGUUUAACAUCCAAAUAGCACUACUAUUUAAUAAUUUACAAUAUAAAUAAUAUUGAAUAAACACGUAAAGAAAGAUGUUAAAGUGCAAAACAAACCCCGUUGAAUCUAGUAUAUACUAACUUAUUAAUAUUUUCUAGAAGCUAAGAAUUGAUCAUUUUCAUGACAUGACUUUUUACAAUGUUUCACAUAUAUUUAAAACAAUAAUUUACUCAUUU